AUGACAUCGGCAAUAAAUCCAGAGGAAUGGCGAAGUGGUCCUGAAACAUUAGCGAAAGACGAGUGGUUCAAAGAUGUUCUCGCCGAAUUUAUCCUCACUACGAAAGGAUUAAAAACAGAAGAUUUGGAAGACUGGUUGAACAACAUUCUCUAUACUGAAUUCAACCUAAUUCUGGAAGACGACAGUGUUUACCCCACUUCUCUGCUUUUACAUGAAGCGUUUGGUUAUAUGAAGAAUAAUGAUCGCAUGCGGUUAGAACAGUUAAUGAACAGUCUCCCGUCUGUGGAAACUGUACGUGAAGCGAACAAACGUAGUCAAAGAGAAGUUGACGAUGACGAUGAUGAGAUGGAACUUGAUGAUAUUUCUGAAAGCGAUUUGCUUCAAUGUCAUGACGAGGACUGUGGAACUUCUUUAUCGCUUUAUCAGCACCUACUUUGCCACAAUUUCUUUAGUCAUCAAAAUUACGUUUCUGUUUCUGCUGGUUUUCUUUAG